AUGAGCCAACCCGCGGGCAAGUUGGGAGCAAUUUUCAAUGUCUUGCCCAUACCUGUCUUCGCAAUUGAUUUACAAGGUCGGGUAGUGGAAGCCAAUGCAGCAGCAGUGGAGAUUUGCGGGUUUAAGACCCAAGUUGAGCUGCUGCAGAAAGACUUUCUGCAAGCCCUUGUCGCCGAUGAGGACAAAGCAGAUGCUCGAGUCAGACUGAAGGAGGUCUUGGAAGGCCAUGGAAGUGGAGAGUCGCUGAAGGUUACAGCAGUGACUCGAACCGGCCGGAAGCAGGCAUGCUUGAAGGCUGCUACAACCCGCAGUGCAGCAGGAAAGCUCGACGGUGCAGUCAUAUGCGUCCAAGACAUGAAUGAGAUAAAGAUGCUGGCAGGUAGUGCGGCACAUGCUGACGGUGCGGAGCAUCUCUCUGGAGCUUUGUCUGCUACUGGAAUGGCUCUGUUCUGCAUCGACAAGGAAUGCAAGAUUGUAGAGUGGACACCGAAGAUGGAGAAGUUGACCGGGUACCUCGCCGGUCAGGCCAGCAAUCAAGAGGCGACCUUCUGUGCUCUCGCCAGCUCCCGGGCCAGCAUGAGGAAGGGGCUGGACCAAGCGCUGCGUGGGCUGGACAUUCCUCGCUACAACGUCAGCAUAGAGCACAGCAGUGGCCGGACGAAGGAUGCUUGGUUAAGUGUGGUCCCAUGGCGGUCAGCCACCGGCAGCAUCGUGGGGGCAGUUGCAAGCUUCCAAGAUGCGGAGGAGGUGGACCGGAGACUGGGUGAGGCAGACUGGAUUCGAACUGCCGUGGCGGAGCAACUGGACCGAGCCAAUGCGGCGAUUUUCUCCAUCGACUCCAAUCUGUGCAUCACCGAAUGGAAUCACAUUUUGGAAGACCGGAGCGGCAAAGAGAAAGAGAAGGUUGCUGGGGCAAAGUUACUGGAUCUGCUUGAGACGGAGUCGCGAAGCGGAGCGGAAGCAGCUGCCAAGACAGCUCUCGCCGGCGAGUUGGGCUCAACUGUACAGAUAUCUUUGAUGCCUGGGAUGGACAUGGUGCUGGGAUUUUCCCCACAAUUCAGCUUCACUGGCAAGGUCAUUGGUGCGCUGGCAGUUGGUCAGCUGCUGCCAUCUCGUGCGUCGCCACAGGAAGCCGGGACGUCCCACGCCAUGAAGGCCAUGAUUCUUCACGAGCUUCGCUCUCCUUUGCAUGGCAUCCUGGGUCUGGCAACCACGCUGUCGCAGGACGCUGGUCCUUUGCAGAAACCGCUUGGCAUGAUUGGUUUGAGCGCAGAGCGAGUCCUGAACUUGAUUACCAACAUUAUUGACUAUUGGAACUUCUGCGACGAAGACAAAAGAACUUCCACGAGCAAGGAUGAGGUUGUGGAUUUGCUUGUGCUUGCAAAAGAGUGCAUCUCCAAGUGUGAAUCUUUCAAGGACAAGAAGGGCAAGCCCCUCAAGAAGGACCAGGUUCAAUUCACGAAGAACUUGCAAAGUGUGACCAUCUCCGGCGAUGCAUACCAGCUGAUGCAGAUGAUGAUCCACAUCCUCAUGAAUGCUUUCAAGUUCUCCUCAGAGGGAGAGGUGACUUUCACCAUUGAGAAAAACGCGGAGACCAAUUCUGCUGUGAUCACGGUUACAGACACAGGUCCUGGCAUAAAACCUGAGACAAGGGACAGUAUGUUUCGUGCUUUUGCACAAGAAGACUCAACCGAGAGCCGAAAACACGACGGUAUUGGCGUUGGGCUGGCCUUGGUGCGUGAAGUAGUGCGGAUACACCACGGGAGUCGUGUCCUCGUUUGCAGCACAGUGAUGCCUUGUGACUGUGAGUCGAAUCGAUGCCCAUCGAUGCCAUAG